GACUGAACAUGGACAAGGAUCCGGUGGCUGAGAAGAUCUUGAGGCUCACCCUGGAGAUCAUCUCCCUGCUGAGCGGAGAGGAUUAUAUGAUUGUGAGGAAGCCCAGUGACUGCGUCCCACCCAGCAAUGGCCCCCGUGUGUCAGACGGACCCCCCGGGACCCGGAGCCCCAGCCCGGUGCCUCCACCUCACUCGCUGACCCACGAGAGGAACCGCGAGCAGAAGAUCCUGGAACUGACCAACAAGAUGAUGUCCCUGCUGACUGGAGAGGUGAGCGCUGCUGGGAACGGGACGUUAUACAGUAACACCGAGGCGUGUGUCUGGAUGGUGACGGCUCAUUGUGUGUCUCAGGUUCCUGUAAGGUGUGAUGAUGUCACCGUCUAUUUCUCCAUGGAGGAGUGGGAGUAUUUAGAAGGACACAAGGAGCUUUACAGGGACGUGAUGAUGGAGACCCACCAGCCCCGCGGCUCUCCGGGUAAGAGGUUUAAUCCCUGCGAUGCAUCCGAGGUCAGAGAUCGAGUCCCUAAUUCUCCGCUGGACUGUAAGACGUCUCAUUUUAUUAAGGAGGAAUCCGCCUCGUGUGAAGAGACAGACAUUUGUGACCCGGCGGAGUCUCCACAGACAGAGCUCACAUCGACUCGUAAUGAGGACGGAUCCCCCUCAGAUGAAGACGGAAAUGUCUCAGCCCCCGAUACACACACAGAGCACGACGGGGGGGAUAACACGUCUGUCCACGUAAAGGAGGAAUCCGCUUCCAAUGAAGAUUAUUGGAUCCCAACCGAACACAAGGGAUCUACUUCUACUGAUAAAACCCAAACCAGUAACACACAUUUUCAGUGUGAAACACCCCCCGAUGAGGGUACUUAUAGCUGCCCCGAGUGUCAGGAACGGUUUACCAGUGACUCUGAUCUUCUUCUACAUCAGACCAUCCAUGAUAGAUCGGCGGCCUCCUCUCUGGGCUGCGAGAAAAGUUCUAACUCUGAGUGCAUUAGGCAUCGGCGUAUUCACAGAGCUAGGAAGUCUUAUUCCUGCUCGGAGUGCGGGAAAUGUUUUACCAGUAACUCAAACCUCGUAAAACAUCUCCGAAUUCACACCGGCGAGAAGCCUUUUUCGUGUUCCGAGUGCGGGAGAUGUUUUGCCAGGAACUGGAACCUUGAUCAACAUCUCAGACUUCACACCGGGGAGAAACUUUAUUCCUGCUCCGAGUGCGGGAAAUGUUUCGCAAGGUCCUCCGAUUUUGUCUUCCAUCAGCAGGCUCACGCAGGGGAAAAAACAUUUCUGUGUUCUGAGUGCGGGGAACAUUUUAGCAGCAACUCAAACCUUGUUCAACAUCUCAGAAUCCACUCUGAGGAGAAGCCUUUCUCGUGUUCAGAGUGCGGGAAGAGUUUUAAGAGUAACGCAAACCUUGUUCGACACCUGAGAAUUCACACCGGAGAGAAGCCCUUUUCGUGUUCCGAUUGUGGGAAAUCUUUUAAUCAGAAGAUACAUUUUGUACGCCACCAGCGGAUUCACACGGGUGAAAAACCAUUUCCGUGUUCCAAGUGCGGGAAAUGUUUUACUAGUAGCACGGGCCUUGUUGAGCAUCUCAGAAUUCACACCGGGGAGAAGCCGUAUUCCUGUUCCGAGUGCGGGAAAUGUUUCGCGCACUCCUCGGGUUUUGCCGUCCACCAGCGCAGUCACACAGGAGAGAAGCCGUAUCCGUGUUCUGUGUGCGGGAAAAGUUUUACCAGUAACUGGAACCUUGUCCAGCACGUCAGAGUCCACACCGAGGAGGAGCCUUUCUCGUGUUCUGAGUGCGGGAAAUGUUUUAAACAAUACUCUAAUUUAACCUACCACCAGCGGAUUCACAGCGGAGGACAAAACAUUCUCAUCAGUUUGGAAAUGUGUGGGGAGCAGCUACUCGAUCCUCGUUGAACAUCUCAGACUUCACACCGGGGGGAAACGUUAUUCCUGCUU